AUGAAGUCUGCUUUGAUUCUUCUCGUCUCCAUCGUAUGUUUUUCUUCAUUUUUUUAACCAGCUUGCUUUAAUCUUGUUCCAAGUAUGAUGAUAGACAUGAGGGUAAAAAAGUUGUUAUCAAAAGUGCAACCUUCAUUAAUUUAGAACUAAUCUUCGAUGCUCUUUUUUUCUUGAAACUUCUCUCUAGUUUAGGCGAUCGCAAGCUGUCAGGUGACGACGUCGACGACUGCAAGUCCGCCGUCUUCAGAACCUCCAAAAGUCCCCAAAGUUUCCUGUUUUUGAAAAGGAUGUUCAUUUUUUUCAUUAAAGGUUCGGAAAGCAGCAGUAACUACAGCAGCGACUACAGCAGCCGUCACAGAAGCCCCGAAGGUGGUGCCUACCCAGAAGGUGUGAAAAUGAUUAUCUUUCAAAGUAUGAUGCAACUCGAUUUCAGGCUGCCGAGGCUGACAGCGCUGAAGAGGUAGCGACUUGAUAUCAAAAAAGUUUUGAGGCCUUUUUUUCAGAACUUGAAAAAAACUUACGGGAAGAAAAAAAUUUUUGAGAAAUGAUUUUAAAAAAAUGAAAAAAACAACGAACCUCGCUUUUUCUAAGAAACAGUUUCACUUGAUUUUCCACAAAAAAAUUCCCGCUGAAUUCUAAUUUGCUUUUUUUCUUCAAAAAAAUUGAAAAAUUAUCUCUUAAGGAAAAAGUGGAAACGGAAUCCAAGUCUGCGUUCCCAAAACCGAACUCAAGAAGAACAGGAACCCCACUAGAGGAAGCGAUUCGGCUUAUGCAAGAAGAAAUCGAAAAGGAUAAGAAUAGAGAAACUAAACGGCCAGAACACGGUUAUCUGCUCACAAGGGUGCGUUUUCAUUGAACUACAUCAAUAGGAAGGGGACAAAAGAAAGGGCACUCUAGAUUAGGAAGAAGAUAAGUUAGAGAUCAAAAAAUCCGUUUUGAGGUCAGAGUAUUUGAAGCUCGGUCAUUGCUCAGAUUUCCUUUUGCAAGCUCCAAAAAAUACGCAUUUUGAGAGAAGAAUAAAAUGAAUUGAAAAUCGAAUAAUCUACGUAUUUUUUCGCGAAAUUCUUUCCCCAAUUUAGACUCAUGAGUCGGACUACUUGCAAAAUAAAACUACUUAUAUUGAGUUCUGUUUCAGACGGCGAACAAGCUUCUGGAGAGGAUCCGGGAUCUCGAACUUCGCAACACGAAGUACGCCUUGGCCUUCCGCGGAGCCUACGCCAAGUUCAUGCAGCAAGAGGCUCAGAUCAACCGGAUCAACAAGCAGUUGAACCUCUCAUAA